AUGGCCGCCCUUUCGGUUGGCGCACCUCCACAGAGGAUAUGGGCCGCUCUAGACACUGCAAGUAGCUGGUCGUGGAUUCCAGAAGCCAAAGGACCUGCAGCUUGCAGGGCUGGGAGCGAGCCGUCCUUUUCUCCAAAGCAAUUGAUGAUCUCUCAGAAUCACGAGGCUUUGAUUGACUCACACAAGACCUGCCGGGUAAUGGCAUACCUAGUAUGCAAGAUGAGCAAGUUUAUCCAUUCUUACCAUUCUUCAUUCGGUGUAGCUCCCCUUCUUCAUUCUGAUUUGCAGGAAACUCCUCUGGAUUUCAUACCUCACAGUCGUCUUCAUCGACUAUGGGUGCUGAGAAGAGGACACACCCUCUCUGCCGUUUGUGUCCAAAUAUGUUUUCAGUUGAGUGAGGCAGGUUGCAUUAAAUGGUUCCAGAAAGAUUGA